CUAUUCAAACAUCAAGUCGGGAGGUUCCAAUUAAAUCUUACGACUUAUGACCUUGUGGUAAAACUUACGAUCAAUAUUUUUUGCUUCGUUAGAUUCUCAAUUGGUUAUAUGAUAUCUCUAUAAAGGGUCUUCGUUUCCGUGUUGCACAAUGUCGAAGCGGUUCGGUCCAUCCGUCUUUUUACGGCCACAAUUUCUAAGAAGUCGACCCCCUCCUCGACGAUCCUUCACAGUUGGCGCAGAUAGGACCAAUAGCUCACGCUGGAUCAACGGAGCUGCUAUUGCUGUCAUUUCAUUAUCGGGUUUGCUUUUCGCAAUGACGUGCCAGAAACCGGCUAAGUUCGAUGCCCGCACACUCGCCGAGCUCGACGAGCGGACGAAGCGCGAAAAGGGCGUUGACGAGAAUUCGCCUAUGCGUUUGCGCAUGGAACAGUUCAUUCGCGAACAGCAGAAGGCCAUUGUUUUCGAGCUUGAGAAAUUGGACGGCCAGAGCUUUCGUGAGGACACGUGGACCAGAGAGAAGGGGGGCGGUGGUGUCUCCUGUGUCUUGCAGGAGGGAAACGUGUUCGAAAAGGCUGGUGUGAAUAUCAGUGUCGUGUAUGGGACCUUGCCGAAGCCUGCUAUUGCAAAAAUGAGGGUCAACCACAAAAACCUUGCCGAAGCAGAUGAACUCGAUUUCUAUGCGCUAGGUUUAAGUAUGGUCCUGCAUCCCCAGAACCCAAUGGCACCAACCGUGCACCUAAACUACCGCUACUUCGAGACAAUGCUGCCGGACGGUACACCACAAGCUUGGUGGUUCGGUGGAGGCAGCGAUUUGACCCCGAGCUAUCUAUUUGACGAGGAUGCUGUGCAUUUCCACAAAACAUUGAAAGAGGCUUGUGAUAAGCACAACAAAGACUACUAUCCCAGAUUCAAGAAAUGGUGCGACGAGUACUUCAGCAAUACGCACCGGGGUGAAUCCAGGGGUGUUGGUGGAAUUUUCUUCGAUGAUCUAGACGAGACCGUGGCCGAUGCCGACAACACAUUUGCCUUUAUCCAAGACUGCCUUAAGAGCUUCUUACCUUCUUAUUUGCCAAUUAUGCAAAAGAGGAAGGAUAUGCCCUUUACCGCAAAGGAAAAGGAGUGGCAGCAGGUGCGAAGAGGUCGAUAUGUGGAAUUCAACUUGGUUCAUGAUCGUGGAACAGCGUUCGGUUUGAACGUCCCCGGUUCUAGGGUCGAGAGUAUUCUGAUGAGUCUUCCGUUGACGGCAUCUUGGCGGUACAUGUAUGAGCCAGAGCCGAGGAGUCGGGAGCAGAGACUAGUCGAGGUUCUGAAGAACCCUAAAGAAUGGGUGUAAUGAUUGCUGACGUAAGAGAUGUAAACCAUGCAUAUAUCGGGUAAGGCGCAUGAAAAGGAAAAAAACUGCUGGGGCUGUAUAUAAAAUUAGAUACUGUUUAUUUAAUAGAUACCUACCUACCUAGGUAUAUACGA